UUCUUUUUAAUUGCCUAAAAGCAUAACCAGCUUCCCGCCUGUCUCCCAGACACCCACUCUAUAGUUUGAUAAAACGGCACCAGCCUGUUUGUUUCAAUCGCGCUGCCCUUUGUGGGUUUUCCAGAAGACUGCUGCAAAUGAUGCGGCGCACGGGUCUGACCUCGGGGAGGCUGGCAAAUUGAGCAGCCUCAAGUGUGCAUCCAUACAUACCUUGAAACCUUAAUCUGCCAGUGAUUUAAUCUUCCGCGGAGUAAAAAGAGGCGGCUGCUGGAAAUUAAUAUGCUUCCUGGGUCUCUCUUCCACCAUGUUAAAGAGGACUAAGGAUGCCUCCCUCUUCCUUUGCGUUCGCCACCUGCCCUCUUGCUAGGAUCUGGGUCCAGAAUGAACAUAGCGGCAGUGUUUAAUGCCUUGCUAGUGUCUGUUCUUGCAGCUGUGCUGUGGAAAUACAUCAAGCUGCGCGACCACGUCUUUGUGCUGGAGGAAGAGCUAGUCCUCACCCGCCAGUCCCAGGAACUCUCCCAGGUCCGCAUCGAUUACCAUGCUGCCCUUCAAGCCCUGCUGGAAGAUGGCACCAGGAUGGUGUGCACCGGCCGGAUGCACACUGACCGUAUCUGCCGUUUCGAGUCCCUCUGUUACUCCACUGAGGCCGAGGAGUUUGUCUUCUUCCACAGCAACUCCUCCGUCAUGCUCCCGAACCUGGGCUCCCGGCGAUUCCAGCCUGCCCUGCUUGACCUCUCAUCGGUGGAGGACCACAACACGCAGUACUUCAACUUUGUUGAGCUGCCAGCGGCGGCGCUGAAAUUUAUGCCAAAGCCUGUCUUCGUCCCUGACGUGGCAUUGAUUGUGAAUAGGUUCAACCCAGACAACUUGAUGCAUGUCUUUCAUGAUGACCUCCUCCCAAUCUUCUACACCAUGCAGCAGUUCCCAGAUUUGGACCUGGAGACCCGGUUGUUUUUCAUGGAAGGGUGGGGUGAAGGCCUACACUUUGAACUCUACCGACUGCUGAGCAGCAAGCAACCUCUCCUGAGGGAGCAGCUUAAAGCCCUCGGGCGGCUUCUGUGCUUUACCAAGUCGUAUGUGGGCCUGUCCAAAAUCACGACGUGGUAUCAGUACGGCUUUGUUCAGCCUCAGGGGCCAAAAGCCAACAUCCUGGUCUCUGGCAAUGAGAUCCGACAAUUCACUAAAUUCAUGACGGAGAAGCUGAACGUGAGCAUGGAAGGGAUGCCCAGUGAGGAAUAUAUUGUAGUGUUUAGUCGAACCAUAAACAGACUAAUUCUAAAUGAGGCAGAACUUAUCUUGGCACUUGCCCAAGAGUUUCAGAUGAAAACCAUCACGGUUUCUAUUGAAGACCAUACAUUCUCUGACAUUGUCCGCUUGAUUAGCAAUGCGUCCAUGCUCGUCAGCAUGCACGGAGCCCAGCUAGUGAUGUCGCUCUUCCUGCCAAGAGGAGCCACUGUGGUGGAACUCUUCCCUUAUGCCAUAAACCCUGAACAUUACACACCUUACAAAACGUUGACUACUCUUCCUGGCAUGGACCUUCAAUACAUUGCCUGGCAGAAUGCUGAGAAGGAGAACACCAUAACCUACCCAGACAGGCCCUGGGAUCAAGGAGGAAUUGCCCAUUUGGACAAGGCAGAGCAAGACCGCAUCACAAAAAGCAGAGAGGUCCCUCGGCAUCUCUGUUGCCGAAACCCAGAGUGGCUUUUCCGUAUCUACCAGGACACAAAAAUCAACACUGCUUCCCUUAUCCAGGCGAUCAGGCAGACGGUCAAAACGAAGCCUGGGCCGAAGAGGCAAAAGUGGACGCGUGGUCUCUACCCAGGCAAAGUCCGAGAUGCCAAAUGCCAAGCCUCUGUCCAGGGUACCAGCGAGGCGAAACUCUCUGUGUCUUGGCAGAUCCCUUGGAACCUUAAGUACCUGAAGGUCCGGGAAGUGAGAUACGAAGUGUGGAUCCAGGAGCAAGGGGAAAACACAUACAUGCCUUACAUCUUGUCCCAUCAGAACCAUACCUUUUCAGACAACAUCAAGCCCUUCACGAACUACCUGGUGUGGAUCCGCUGUAUUUUCAACAAAAAUCUCCUGGGGCCCUUUGCGGACGUGCUGUUGUGCAGUACAUAACAGUUCCGUCAUGCCGUGCAAAUUCGGCUCUGGCAAGUCGGUUUCAAUGCAACAAGCCCAACCCCGUUGUCCUGUAGCUUUUAAGAGGGCUGACAAGGACUUGCAGACCAUGCUAGUGCCUAAGUGUCUCUUUGAUUGCAUCCAGUGUGUCUGUAUUGGCAGCGUUAUUUCCAGUCGGUGUGUGAACUCUCUUUGGGCCUUGAAAGACGGCUACCGGCAUGAGGCUACAAAAGUGAAAUCGGAGUGGAAAGUAUCUGUUGUACUUUGUUAGUUACAUGAAUCUCUCUCUUGUGUGGUGAAUGUUUUCAACCCAGCUUUAUAAUGGAAUUUGAUUAUAUCACUGGAUGGGCAAUCUUUUUCGUAUUCUCCAUUGUUUAAUGUUAUUUUUAUUUAUUUUUCUGCUCCCUCAAAAUAUCUGUAUCCUAGAGCAAAAUAUUUGGUACCAGAGUAUUCAUUAAAUUGUUGAAAACCUGUUCAAGCACUUUCUCUUUCUUUGAUGCCCCCCAAAUGGUUAUUUGUAUAUGAAUGACUAUUUCC